AUGUUCUUAACAGAUGACGCAACUAGCGCCAAGUACGCGUUGAAGGCCUUUAAGUUCCGCGUGGUUGUUUGGGCUCACGCGUAUUAUGUAAAUACGGCCGAAUUUUUCCUCUUCCUUGUAUUCGAGGAGACAAAUGGUUACCGCGACGCCCCCCGCUCCGUUUCCAUCCAUUUAUCAUGUCCGUACGGGAUCUAUUCG